GCUAGGAGCUACGCUAGUUCGAGCAGGUUUAGGAUGAGGUAAUACGCGAGAGAAACAUGGUAAACUCUCCGUGUAGGAGUGUUUCAUUCAUUUUCUAUAAGACUUAAAGCUAAAUAAAGAGUACGAAACAUGAAGCCGGACGACAGGAAGGUGUUGAGAGGUGCUGUGUUGAGACAGCUUCGUUCAGAGCACGGAAUUCACCUGAAACUGACGAGUUUAGAGAGGACUGAGAGCAGCCGUGCACCAACAUGCCCUCAGAGUAAGCUGUUUGGUGUGCCCCUUCAGCAUCUGCAGAUGAGGAACGUAGAUCAUUAUGGGUUGGUUCCAUGUUUUUUAGUAAACUGUUGUAAGCUUCUGUUGAAACAUGCUGGUUCUGAGGGCUUGUUUAGGAAAUCUGGCUCUGUUGUGCGUCUGAAGGCCUUAAGAGCAAGACUUGACAAAGGGGAAGACUGCUUAUCCACCUCCCUGCCGUGUGAUGCGGCCAACCUGGUCAAGCAGUUCUUCUAUGAGCUUCCGUCUCCAGUUUUCCCUGCAGUUUUACUGCAGGCUUUCACAAAAGCGCAGCGUCUGGCCACUGAUGAAGAACGGAGUGCAGCCACCCUGCUUGUGUCCUGCCUUGUGCCUGAGACGAACUUGUCUACUCUCCGCUUUUUCUUCAGUUUUCUGAAGCAAGUCUCUCUGAGGGCAUCUGAGAAUAAAAUGGACAGCUACAACCUGUCCGUAGUUUUUACCCCAAACCUCUUUCAGUUGCAAAGUACUCCUGAAUGGAAUGAUGAGUUCCACAGACUCCAUAUUGCUGUCAUCUGCACCCUUAUAGACAAUGCAUACGCUUUUGGGGUGGUUCCAGACAUUAUGAUUGCAAAUGAUGCUGCUGUAGUGGACUCCCAUCUGUCAUAUAAGGUGGUUGCUGGCUUUUCACGGAAGAGCAAAGAACGGAGAAGUUCAAAAGUUUUGUCUUUAAGCAAAGCUGAGACUCCAAAUCUCCAGGAGAAGAUUCUGUCUGAUGGUGCUGGUGAGAAAUUUCCCAGCAAGAAACGGAAAUCUUUAAGGAGAAGUUUAGGAAUGGUGCCAAGUGUGUUGUUUGGCUGCUGUUAUGAUUCCUCUUCAAGGCAAGAGGAUUCUAGUCCUUCAGUUGUACGGCACUGUAGCAAAUUGGAAAGAAAAGGCUGUUCAAAGCUGCGCAGGAGUGUAAAAAGAGUUAUGUCCAACACCUUUUGCUGUGGUGCAUCAAGUCCUAUAGAAAAGAGCCUCCCUGACUCUCCUGUGGCAUCAUGCUGGCUUCAGCCCUACCAGGAUACACCUGUUGGCCUUUGCCUAAAGAAGCAAAUUUCUGUUGCUGAGUCUGUCUCUAAAAAAACAGAAAUCAGAAGUGUAUUUAAAAAUCUGUUCUGUGCCUCGGCCACAGACAGUCCAGAAGACCAGAAGUGUCUCACUCAGGAUGAGAUUACGCUUUCAGUGAGUCAUUCAGACAAUGCCUCUGUAUGCUUGGGUGUUCCCCCUUUGAAGGACAGUAGUGCCAUUUCAGGCCUGGACUGUCAAGGUCGACAGGUUGUUGAUGCUGACCAAAGACAAGUGAAUAAAGAGAAGGAGUUUAUUCUUUCUGUGAAGCGCUCAAAAUCUAAACUGUUGAGCAGACUGACCAGCAAUUUGGAUUUAUCCCCUUCAUCAGGUCCACUGAUUGCACUUGAUGGUGGCACAGAUACUGAUGCUUGUAAAGAUGAUCUGAUGGAAGUGAGUGAAUCUCAUCCAUGUACUACAAAAACAUCAGGAACUUCCAAACUGAGGGCAGUGCAUCCUGUUGAAAAGUAUAACAAACUCCAGUUAAAGCCAGCGGUGCCUAAAGUGGCCAAAGUGAUUCGUUCUCCCUUAAAAUUUCAUCGCACCCCUGUUUACCAGUAUGUGAAGCGGAUUAAUUCUCAUUUGAAAUGUGGACCGAUCUUAAAGUGAGCAACAUUUCUCUAGCUAAAUGGUGAAAAUAGUUUUUACUUUAUUAUAUGAAUAAGACCUUAAGAGUCUGUUCUCAGAUGAAAUGUACAGUCUACUCUGAACAGUUCAGUUUAUCAUUGUAAUUGAUGUUUGAAUUUAGUUUUUAUUGAAGAGAAUGAACGAUUAGGCUAUGGUUAUGUAUGGUGUGAAAAAUAAGGAAUAACGGUCAUUUUAAGUCAUGUUGAUAUGCUGUGUAAUGUGUAAAAUGUACAUUCACUUUUUGUUUAAAGAAUUUCUUAAAAAAAUAAAAAUUAACCAAUAUUAUUGAAUGUGUGCAAUUUGUGCUGCUAAUCAGGGCCUGAACUUUUUCAUUUUAUUUGUUUUAUUUAUAGAAAUUAGCACAUAAACAUCAUCAAAUAAUGAAAAUGCAACAAAAGAAAAAUGUAAGAUGUAGGUGUUCUUUAGAGUAAAUCAGAGAAAGCUGCUGUUCAAACAGAUCUAUGUAGUAGUGAGUUCAUAGAGAACCAGCACAUUUAGUCAUCGUCAAUUAAUGACCAAUUGUCUUUAGGGUUUGCAUCCAUGUGCACAUGCAUAUGAUUAUAUUCAUUAGAACAAUUAAAAUUGAUGCAACAUUUCCUUUUUUACUUCCCAGUUAAUUAUGUUGGUCUAUCAUGUACAAUUCCAAUAAAAAACAUUUAAGUUUGUGUGUUAUUUGCACUGUACUGUAUAUAGAUUCACUAGUUUAUCUUGUAACCAAUAGCAUUUGCAUCUUGCAUCUUUUUUGCCUUGUAGUUUAUUGAUGACUUCUCCAUCGCCUAAACAUCUAUAGCUACCUAUUUUCCCUUUUUUAUUGCUUUUAAUUGUAUUGUUUUUAAGCUACUGGAUCUCUUAAUAUUCAUUCAUCCCUCCAUUUCUCUCAUAGGGUUCUGCCAUACCUUAUUGUAAACCAUAUAUAGUGACAGGAAUAUUGUGAUUAAAAGAAAUCCAUAGGACAGCAGUAAUGUGUCUUGAAAGUAGUCUAUGCUGUAUUUGGUAUUUGCUAUUUACUGUGAAGCUUUGAGGGUGUUUUUGUAUAACUGUGUUUGCAGUUAAUAUGCAUGCAGUACUUGUUCUGCACUUUAGUAUUUUUGUAGAUUUUCUUUGCUACAUUACAGUGUUUU